AUGGCCAUUUCAAAAUCUCGAACACAUUCGCCUCCGACGGCAACAGCAGAAUCGCAAUCUUCCAGCCCAACAUUGACCGGUCGGACACAGGAUCUUACCACGUGUGAUGUUGAGAAGCAAGGAGGAACUGAAAAUGAAGAGCCUCCGUCUCAGCAGUCGGCCUUCAAGGGCCUGGGUUUGCUAGACCGCUUUCUAGCCGUCUGGAUCUUUCUUGCCAUGGCCAUCGGCAUCAUUUUAGGCAACUUUGUGGAAAACACAGGGCCGGCUCUUCAAAAGGGGAAGUUUGUCGGGGUUUCCAUCCCAAUCGCUAUCGGUCUCCUAGUUAUGAUGUACCCUAUCCUUUGCAAAGUAAGAUACGAAUCUUUGCACCACGUCUUCAAACAGCGAGCAAUCUGGGUUCAGAUUGGGUUCAGUAUCUUUGUGAACUGGAUUAUUGCUCCCUUCUUGAUGCUUGGAUUGGCGUGGGCUUUCCUACCGGACCAACCCGAACUACGAGAAGGUUUGAUCCUCGUUGGACUGGCUAGAUGUAUCGCUAUGGUUCUCAUCUGGACCGGUCUCGCUGGCGGCGACAAUGAAUAUUGCGCUAUCCUCGUUGCCAUUAACUCGAUAUUACAAAUGGUGCUCUUUGCCCCCUUGGCUGUAUUCUUCAUCAACGUCAUCAGUCACUCGGGCAGCCAGGUUACCUUCUCGUACUCCACGGCCGCCAAAAGCGUUGCAGUGUUCCUGGGGAUCCCGUUGGGCGCUGCAAUUGUCUCACGUAUGAUCCUUCGAAAGGUUGCCGGUCCACGCUGGUAUGACCAAGUGUUUGUCAAGUACAUUAGCCCACUGUCACUACUUGGGCUCCUCUUUACCAUUCUGGUGCUGUUCGCUUCUCAGGGCGACCAAGUGGUACACCAGAUUGUAUCGGUGAUCCGAGUGGCCGCUCCCCUGAUCGUUUAUUUCAUCAUCGUCUUCUUCACGACUCUCCUAGUCACUUACAAGCUCGGGUUUGGUUACAAGUUGGCUGCCACUCAGAGUUUCACCGCUGCCAGCAACAACUUCGAGCUGGCAAUCGCGGUCGCUGUGGCGACAUUCGGUGCCGACAGCAAUCAAGCACUUGCGUCUACUGUGGGGCCAUUGAUCGAGGUUCCGGUACUUCUUGGUCUUGUUUAUGUCGUCAGACUCAUCGGAAAGCGUCUUGGGUGGAAGGAUUGA